AUGGCGAGUGUUGUGUUUUCUAAUUUUAAGUGAAAAAAAAAUAUUCGAAAAACAUUUUCGAUGUCAAAUUAAACUUAGAACUUAUCGAUAAAUCACAGUCUGCAAAAUAGGAUAAAUAAUUUACAAAAUAACAUUGCAAUAAAUUAUGGCGAGCCCAUCUCCGCAGAGCAGCCCUAUGCCACCGCCACAAACACCAAGCCCAAUGGGCCCGCCCACCCAAAGUCCCGCUCCCUCACACUCCCCUCACAGCCCUUAUCAGUCUCCUAUGGGACACAUGAAUGGACCACCCCAUUCUAUGCCUUCCAUGCCCCCCUCCGGUCAUCCAGGCAUGGGACAAAUUCCUCCCACCUCCUUGCCAAGUCCUAGUCAUUCUCAUUCUAUGAACGCUCUGCCCCCUCACAUGUCUCCACAGCCCCAUCCUGGUAUGCCCCCGCAUCCUCACGCAGGCAUGCCCCCUCACCCGCAUCCUCCCCACUCAAAUCACCCUCCUCCUCAAGGCCACCCAGGUCACCCCCCACCUCACAUGGGUGGGCCUCAACCACAUCCAGGAGGCCCGUCUCACCCAGGUGGCCCGCCUCACCCAGGUGGCCCGUCUCACCCAGGUGGCCCGCCUCACCCAGGUGGCCCGUCUCACCCUCCCCAACAUCCAGGAGGUCCCCCCAUGCCAAUGAUGAGUGGUGCGCCUCCUCCUCAAAGUCAUCCGUCUGGUUCUCAUCAUAUUGGCCCCCAUCCGUCAUCUCAGGGGCAUUCUGGUGGUCAAGUACAUUCAAGUGGUCUUCCACAGGGUCAUCCUGGCCCACAGGGACAUCCGGAUAUGCCAGGAGGUCCACCACACGGAAGCAAUAUGCCGCAAGGGCAACCUUAUGCUGGACAUCCAAUGCCUAUGGGUCACGCACAACAAAGACAGAACCAAUCAUCGUCUCCAGGACCCCAGGGGCCACCAACAUCUGUCUCCGGUCCACCAGGUCAGCCGCCACAAGGCCAAGAAAACCUUAGUGCCCUCCAAAGAGCUAUCGAUUCUAUGGAGGAGAAGGGAAUGCAGGAAGAUCCUCGUUAUUCCCAGUUGCUGGCUCUUAGAGCGAGAAGCAAUGGAUCCAAUUCUAUUUUCAGUCAGUCUCAAAUGGCACAACUAAGGAAUCAAAUAAUGGCUUACCGUUAUUUGGCGAGGAAUCAACCAGUACCGCCUCAGAUAUCAAUGGCGCUGCAAGGCAAAAGACCCGAUGGUUCUCCACAGUGUCCGACACCACCCCCCUCACCUUAUCCUCAAGGGGCAACUGGACAUCAGGGUGGUCCACCACCUAAUGAACCUCCUGAGACACCGACUUCUGACAGUGGGCCGCCGGUUCAGCUACAACCAAUGCGACCCCCUGGACCCCCAAGCUCUCAGCCUGGGGUCCCACAGGGCCCACCCCCUGUGCACCUACCACCGCAGUCGCCAGUACAGAAUUACAAACAACAUGGCGCACCUCCUCAUCAAGGUAGUGUCGCGCCUAGACCCAGCGGGCAGAUGCACCAGGGACAUCAACCGCAGCCACACCACCACCAAUCCACUAAACAAAAUCGUAUAACAACACUGCCCAAACCUUGUGGAAUAGAUCCUUUGGUUAUACUGCAAGAAAGAGAAAACAGAGUGGCAGCAAGAAUCGCAGCUAGGAUGGAACAACUGUCUAACCUCCCGACUAACAUGUCCGACGAACUUAGAAUCCAAGCACAGAUAGAACUAAAAGCUUUACGUUGCCUGAAUUUCCAAAGACAGCUGAGAAGUGAAAUAAUCGCAUGCACCAGACGUGAUACCACUCUUGAAACAGCUGUGAAUGUGAAGCAAUACAAACGCACCAAACGUCAAGGAUUGCGUGAGGCUAGAGCAACCGAGAAGUUGGAAAAACAACAGAAAUUAGAAGCUGAACGUAAACGCAGACAGAAACAUCAAGAGUUUCUUACUUCAGUUUUACAACACGGGAAAGAUUUUAAGGAGUUUCUUCGUAAUAAUCAAGCUAAACUGUUAAGACUGAACAAGGCUGUAAUGAAUUAUCACGCUAACGCAGAGAGAGAGCAGAAGAAAGAGCAAGAGAGGAUAGAAAAAGAGAGAAUGAGAAGAUUAAUGGCUGAAGAUGAAGAAGGUUAUCGCAAACUUAUCGAUCAGAAGAAAGAUAAACGUCUUGCUUUCUUGUUGUCUCAAACUGAUGAAUAUAUUAGCAAUUUGACGGAGAUGGUAAAACAACAUAAACUGGAACAGAAGAGGAAGCAACAAGAAGAAGAGAAGCGCAAAAAGAAAAAGAGAAAACGUUUAGGUCUGGAAGGCUUAUUGAACCCUGAUGACGAUGGUUCACAAGGAUCUGACCGGCCCAUAACUGUUGUAGAAACAGCUACAGGCAACAAACUUUCUGGUGAAGAAGCUCCCAUGCUAAGUCAACUACAAGAAUGGCUGUCUCAGAAUCCUGGUUGGGAAAUAUCUGAUACAGAUGAUGAGGAUUCUGAUGAUGAUGAUGAUAAUCAGAAAGAACCAAAAACUGAAGAGGACAAAGCUAAGGAGGUCAUCAAAAAAGCUAGGGUUGAAGACGAUGAAUACCACAAAAAUUCAAUUGAAGAACAAACUUAUUACAGCAUCGCUCACACUGUUCACGAGCUAGUUACUGAACAGUCUUCUAUCAUGAUAAAUGGACAACUCAAAGAGUAUCAGAUCAAGGGUUUGGAAUGGUUGGUGUCACUGUACAACAAUAAUUUGAACGGAAUACUUGCCGAUGAAAUGGGUCUCGGAAAAACCAUACAAACCAUAGCGCUUAUUACCUACUUGAUGGAGAAAAAGAAAGUCAACGGGCCCUUCUUAAUUAUUGUACCUUUAUCGACCCUGUCAAACUGGAUCUUAGAAUUUGAGAAGUGGUCACCGUCAGUUGUCGUUGUUUCUUACAAAGGUUCUCCUGCUGGCAGGAGACAAAUCCAGAGUCAGAUGAGAUCAACAAAGUUCAAUGUUCUCUUAACCACUUACGAGUAUGUUAUUAAAGACAAAGGGGUACUUGCAAAGCUGCAAUGGAAGUACAUGAUAAUUGACGAAGGACAUCGGAUGAAAAAUCAUCACUGCAAGCUGACCCAAGUUUUAAAUACCCACUAUCUUGCUCCGCAUCGUUUAUUGCUCACCGGCACUCCAUUACAGAAUAAACUACCAGAAUUAUGGGCACUGCUGAAUUUUCUGCUACCAUCUAUUUUUAAAAGCUGCUCCACUUUCGAGCAGUGGUUUAACGCACCCUUUGCCACUACAGGAGAGAAAGUUGAACUUAAUGAAGAAGAGACGAUCCUAAUAAUUCGUCGUUUACACAAAGUGUUGCGACCUUUCUUGCUUAGGCGUUUAAAGAAAGAAGUUGAAUCACAGCUUCCUGAUAAAGUCGAAUACAUUAUUAAGUGUGACAUGUCCGGUCUACAAAAAGUUUUAUACAAACAUAUGCAGAGCAAAGGCGUUUUACUUACAGACGGGUCAGAAAAGGGUAAUAAAGGCAAAGGUGGAGCAAAAGCUCUGAUGAAUACAAUUGUGCAGCUUCGCAAACUGUGUAACCACCCUUUCAUGUUUCCGAAUAUCGAAGAAAAAUAUUGCGAUCACGUUGGAAUUGCAGGAGGUGUUAUAUCCGGACCUGACAUAUACCGUGCGUCGGGUAAAUUCGAACUUCUCGACAGGAUCUUACCGAAACUCAAGGCAACAAAUCACCGCGUCCUCCUGUUUUGCCAGAUGACUCAGCUCAUGACUAUUAUGGAAGAUUAUUUGAGUUGGCGCGGCUUUGGCUACCUCAGGCUUGAUGGUACAACAAAGGCGGAGGAUCGCGGUGAUUUACUAAAAAAAUUUAAUGAUAAACGCAGCGAAUACUUUUUGUUUUUACUCUCGACCAGAGCUGGUGGUCUGGGUUUGAAUUUGCAGAGUGCAGAUACUGUUGUUAUAUUUGACUCCGAUUGGAAUCCUCACCAAGAUUUGCAAGCCCAAGACAGAGCACAUCGAAUCGGUCAGCAAAAUGAGGUGCGAGUGCUUCGUUUGAUGACAGUGAACUCUGUAGAGGAACGAAUCCUGGCAGCUGCCAGGUAUAAGCUCAACAUGGACGAAAAAGUGAUUCAAGCUGGUAUGUUUGACCAAAAAUCCACUGGUACCGAGAGGCAGCAGUUCUUGCAACACAUUUUGCAUCAAGAUGGAGAUGAUGAAGAAGAGGAAAACGAGGUACCUGACGAUGAGACUGUAAAUCAAAUGGUAGCUAGAACCGAAGCAGAAUUCGAACUCUUCCAAAAAAUGGACUUGGAGAGAAGACGGGAGGAAGCUAAAUUAGGUCCUGCCAGGAAACCGAGACUUCUAGAGAUAAAUGAACUUCCUGACUGGUUAGUGAAAGAAGACGAUGAGGUUGAUCCGUGGAACUACGAUGACAACGACAGUAUAUUAGGCAGGGGCACUAGGCAGAGAAAAGAAGUCGAUUACACUGAUAGCUUGACUGAGAAAGAAUGGUUAAAGGCAAUUGAUGAAACUGGAGACUACGAAGAAGAAGAUGAAGAAGAGGAGAAAGCAAAGAAGAAAAAAGGUCGUAAACGAAGAAAACGCGGUGACGACUCAGAUAGUGAAGUAGGCACCAGUAACAAAAGAAGAAUGAGGGGACAGUCGGCCAAUGACUCUAAACUGAAGAAACAAAUGAGAAAGCUUAUGGCUAUAGUCACCAAAUAUACUGACAGCGAUGGGAGGCUUCUCAGUGAACCUUUCAUGAAACUGCCUCCAAGAAAGGACUAUCCAGACUAUUACGAGAUCAUAAAGAAGCCCAUAGACAUUAACAAAAUUCUUAAUAGAAUCGAAGACGGAAAGUACACCGAUUUUGUGGAUCUAGAGAGGGACUUUAUGCUUCUCUGUCAAAAUGCUCAAAUUUACAAUGAAGAGGCCUCAUUAAUCCACGAGGACAGUAUAGUUCUCCAGUCCGUUUUCUCGAAUGCCAAGCAACGCAUAGAAACUGAUGGGGGCGAAUCGGAGGGGGAGGACGAAAAGGAUGAAGGAAAUAAGUCUGAUACAGAUUCUACAGUCAAAAUGAGAAUCAAGCUCAAAAAUAAAAAGCAACCUAGUAGACGUAAGCGUAGCCAGAAGAAGUAUAUUUCUGACGACGAUGACGAGGAUGACGAUUAAAGUAAUAAGUAGUUUUAAAUGUUAAAAUGUUAGAAUUUUUCAAUUUUUAAUCCGUGGAUCAUAUAUUUUUUGAGGUAUUUUAAUUCGGUAUAUAUUUGAAAUGACUCACUGUUUUAUUAAUUUUUUUUUAAUAAUUAUAUAAAUGCAGUCAUCUCACUUCUCUGUAAAGGUAUUAUAAUUGCCAAAAUCAAAUAUAAAGUGUUUUGAAAGAUGUGGCAUAUAUGCAAGGGCUUGUAAAAAAUAAUCGGAUAAUAUCCAACAUUCAGCAAAACAAUUUCUUAACGUAACAUUAAUUUAGGAUGAUUUUUCACCUCCACCUUUUAAAAAACCGAAAUGCACAUUUAAAAUUGUUAUUUGCUAUAAGCGCAAUAUGUUACAUCAUACUGAUGAGAACCAAUUAGUUCGAAACAAAUGUAUCUAACCAUAAUUUUUGGCAAGUAACUGUGCAAUGCAUUUUACAUAAAAGCAGGUAAAUUCUUAUAUAUUAAAAUUUGAUAGCUCCGUCCGCGUCGCACACUCGGCCCUAAAAAGUGCCGAUUUGCUGCCACAAAGGUUUUUACUGUGGGCCGCGCAGCGUCCUUCCUGCGUCCUAACGUCAUAUUUAGAAGGUGAUUCCUCGGCACCUUCCCGGUGAAAUUUACGUUUUCCCGGGGCUCCUCGAUGGGCGCAGCCUAUUUUUCGUGCGGAAUGCAGGCAGAAUGAGUCCCACACGCCUUACCGAUGAAAUCUGACGAUUGCCUCGAAUUGCGCGGGGGUGCGGCUUUUUUAUAUUUUAUUUCACGUAUUUUCUACGUUAUUUAUUUGAAAUAGUGCCGACUGGGUGCCUAUUUCACGCUUUUUCUUUAGAACUUUCCGCGAAAUCAAAUGCAAGAUUCGAAAUGCACCUGUAAAUACGUUAAAAUGCACAGAAUUAUUAUAAAUUAUGUAUCUUCCAAGUACCUAAUCGA